CCACCAGGAUCUCAGCCUUCCCCUCACUCACAGCCUCCCCCACACAACCCCAGUAAUCCCAUGAUGGGACCUCACGGACAGCCAUUCAUGUCUCCACGGUACCCAGGUGGCCCCAGGCCCGCCCUCCGUAUGCCAAAUCAGCCUCCUGGGGGCAUCCCCGGGUCACAGCCUCUCCUGCCAAACAGCCUGGACCCCACCAGACCUCAAGGACAUCCAAACAUGGGAGGUCCAAUGAGAAUGAAUCCCCCCCGAGGCAUGGGAGGGAUGGGUCCCCAGAACUACGGUGGAGGGAUGAGGCCUCCUCCGAACUCCAUGGGGCCAGGGAUGCCCGGCAUGAACAUGGGUCCUGGUGGAAGAGGUCCGUGGCCGAACCCCAACUCAAACUCAAUAGCAUAUUCAUCUUCAUCUCCAGGCAACUACGUGGGCCCUCCAGGGGGAGGCGGCCCACCAGGAACUCCCAUCAUGCCUAGCCCCGGAGAUUCAACAAACUCGAGUGAAAACAUCUACACAAUGAUGAACCCCAUCGGCCCUGGUGGAAAUAGACCUAAUUUCCCGAUGGGACCGGGUCCUGACGGGCCAAUGGGGGGAAUGGGUGGUAUGGAGCAGCAUCAUAUGAACGGGUCACUAGGCUCCGGUGACAUGGAUGGGUUGCCAAAGAAUUCUCCCAACAACAUGGCAGGCAUGAACAAUCCCCCCGGCACUCCGCGGGAUGACGGCGAGAUGGCAGGCAACUUUUUAAACCCAUUCCAAAGUGAAAGUUAUUCACCCAACAUGACGAUGAGUGUGUGAUUUUUAUUUUUUAUUUUAUUUUAUUUUAUUUCUUUUUCAUCUCCCCCUUAUCCAAAUCUCCCUCUCCCGUCUGCCCCGGUGCAUCUUGCAUUACCUUCCUUCCUCCCUCCAUCCCUUCUCCUCCUCUUCUUCCUCCUCCUCCUCCUCCUUGUGGACGGUGUGCUGCGCCACACAGCACCUGAGGAUACCCCUGGAAAGCAGGACUCCCCAUAAGGCCCCCCAUCCCAACGCCUGCAAAAUGGGUGUGAGAACAUGAAAACGGCGUCCAAGCAACAUGAAGGGUCUCCUCGCCGCUUCUCCUCGGCUGCCGGGCCCAGCGAGGGGCCCUUGGACAGUGAUAGCUCAACCUGCUCCAAGCCCAUCUCUCCCAAAUGCAAAGCCUGCCCCAAUGGCUGUCAUGACAGCCCAAUCAAGAUGCCCCCAUUGCAUCUACCACCACUCUAUUAAAUCAUGCUGAUCAUCCCUUAUGAGGGCAUGCAGUAGUUGACUGACAGGGCGGGGGCAUAAACCCUUGUGCAAAAACUCCUGUGGCAGGAAUGAUAUUAAAAAAAAAGAAAAAAAAGAUGAACUGAUGAUGUUAUUUUGGGGCAAGAAUGGUUUUCAUUAAAUGUUUGUAUUUUGUUGUUGUUGUUGAUGAUGAUAAUAUUAUUGUUAUAAUUUUCAUAAUUGAUUAUUAUCCUACUAAUGUAGUUAUGAUUUCCUGUAAAGGGCACAUUUUAUCUCAGCAGCAGCAUCAACAAUGACAGAAUAAGCACACACUCGAAAAAAUGCACAA